GGAGCCGGAGCCGGAGCCGGAGCUGGAGCUCGAGGUGACCAGAGCAAAGCGGGAGCCGCUGAGGCUGCCUCGGGUCCCCAGCGCCCCCGCCCGCGCCUCCGCGCCCCCGCCCGCCUGCCUGCCGGCUGCGGGCGACUGGCGGUGAGCGCUGUGGCCAGCCGGGGAGGGCCGGGGGGCAGCGGGCGCCAUGGCCGAGCCGGAGUCGCUGCGGCCCCGCUUAUGCCGCCUGGUGCGCGGCGAGCACGGCUACGGCUUCCACCUGCACGGCGAGAAGGGCCGCCGCGGGCAGUUUAUCCGGCGCGUGGAGCCGGGCUCCCCCGCGGAGGCGGCCGCGCUGCGCGCUGGGGACCGCCUGGUCGAGGUCAACGGCGUCAACGUGGAGGGCGAGACGCACCACCAGGUGGUACAGAGGAUCAAGGCUGUGGAAGGGCAGACACGGCUGCUGGUGGUGGACAAGGAGACGGAUGAAGAGCUCCGCCGGAGGCAGCUGACCUGCACUGAGGAGAUGGCCCAGCAAGGCCUUCCACCUGCCUGUGACCCCUGGGAGCUGAAGUCCGACUGGACACGAGCAGGCAGCCUCAGCUCUGAUGCUGGCCAAAAGGAUAUCAAUGGGGCCCCCAGAGAGCUGCGCCCUCGGCUCUGCCACCUGCGAAAGGGACCCCAGGGCUAUGGGUUUAACCUGCACAGUGACAAGUCCCGGCCUGGUCAAUACAUUCGCUCUGUGGACCCAGGCUCGCCUGCUGCCCACUCUGGCCUCCAUGCCCAGGACCGGCUCAUUGAGGUGAACGGGCAGAAUGUGGAAGGGCUGCGCCAUGCUGAGGUUGUUGCCCGCAUCAAGGCACGGGAGGAUGAGGCCCGGCUACUGGUGGUGGACCCUGAGACGGAUGAACACUUCAAGCGUCUGCGGGUCACACCCACUGAGGAGCAUGUGGAAGGUCCACUGCCAUCACCAGUCACCAACGGGACCAGCCCUGCCCAGCUCAAUGGUGGCUCAGUAUGCUCAUCUCGAAGCGACCUGCCAGGCUCGGACAAGGACACUGAGGACGGCAGUGCCUGGAAGCGGGACCCCUUCCAAGAGAGUGGCCUCCACCUGAGCCCUACAGCAGCUGAGGCCAAGGAGAAGGCUCGAGCCACACGUGUUAACAAGCGGGCACCACAAAUGGACUGGAACCGGAAACGUGAGAUCUUCAGCAACUUCUGAGCCCCCUCCUGCCUAUUUGGCCCCUGGGCCUCAGGCCCCAUCCAGAGCUCCCCAGGCCUCAGUGGACUGGAGGGUGGUCUCACCACCUCCAGAAACCAACCUGUGCCCCAGUGAGUCCCUUCCUGCCCACUCCCCACCAGGUGCUGGGUCCUGCUGCAGCAAUAUGGGGGAAAGACAGACAGUGAGAGAGAGAGGGCAGAGUGUUCGUGGCUGAGGGCCUUUGCUGUCCUGCCCCGGGGCCUGCUGACUGGAAGGAAUUCAUGUUUUUGCUUUUUUUCCAAAAAGAUUUCCAGCUCCACACAUGUUUCCACUUAAUUCCAGAGUCCCCUUCCCCCGCCCCCCUUGGGACUCACUCUCUAAAUAAUUGCAAUAAAACAAACCUUUCUCUGCAAAACAUUUCCUCCCCACUCCCUCAGCAGCACCAUCCUGCGUGGGAGCCCAGGGACUUCUAGGGGACAGAGAGUCAGGGGCUUCCAGGCUGUGCUUAUGCUGGUUUUGGGGAAAGACUGGGGAGCAGGAUGUGCCUAUAGGCGCUGCCUGUUCUGCCUCAACCCUACCCUCCCUUGAGUGGGGUAAGUCAAUAGGCCAGGCCCCCCACCCAGCCAUCCCUGCAUUGUCCCAUCCCACCAGGAGUGUGGAGUGCAGGGCCUGGGCUAAGGGGCCCGAGGAUAGAGGCCCCAUGCCCCCAGGAGGGUGGCAGGGUGGCCUCUGGACAGGUCCCUCUUCCUGUACCACAACUCCCAGGCCUGGGGAAUUAUGGGCACGCAAGAGCUGCUCCUAGGAAGGACCCUGGGCUUCUGGGCUGGGCCCCAACCUGGUGCCCACUCCCAGGGACAUCCUGUCCACUCUGCCCUUUCCUUGGUGCCCUGGACCCCUGAACCAACUGACCAGCCCCGCUCUUUGCCUUGUAAGCCAUAGCGCACGUGCGCCCUCAGAAUAAACAGGACUUGCCUCGA